CCACAGGCCACGGACUUUAGAAAAGUUUGCGGAAAGUUUGGCAGGAGUUUGGAGUCGAGUUUCAGCAGCCUGCUGAGUGAGGCCUUGUCAGUCGCAAUAAGGCUCUGGGCUUGGAGUUACCCUUUUUUUUGUUGUCGUUGAGUGGAGCAUUUGACAGUUUCACAGAACCCCUCUGCGGCCGAGACAGGGCAAUGAGCGAGGCGGAGAGUCAGCCCGAGAGAAGUUCUAAUACAACAGAGAAGAAAGUACUCGCCACUAGCGUCCUUGGCACUGUGAAGUGGUUCAAUGUUCGAAAUGGGUACGGAUUCAUCAACAGGAAUGACACGAAAGAAGAUGUCUUUGUUCACCAGACCGCCAUCAAGAAGAACAACCCUCGCAAGUACCUGCGGAGCGUUGGCGACGGAGAAACAGUCGAGUUCGAUGUGGUGGAGGGGGAGAAGGGAGCAGAGGCAGCCAACGUCAGUGGUCCUGGGGGCGUCCCAGUGAAGGGGAGUAGGUAUGCUCCGAACCGUCGCCGAUUCCGGAGAGGGUUCGUCAGACACCGGGGUCCGGUGAACCAGGGCAACCAGCCGGCAGCAGGAGAGGCCGGAGAAGGCUCCAGUGACUGGCAGGAGGACUCAGCAGAGCCAGCUGCUGCCCAGCAGAGGCCCUCCAACCAACGGCGCCGUCUCCCCGCUCCCUACUUCUUCCGAAACAGGUUCCGCCGCCAGCGUAGACCCCAGACUCUGGAGGAUGGGGUGGCAGCAGCGGCCCCCGGAGAGGAGGUGCUGGAGGGCAGAGGGACGACCUCACAGCCUGGGCAGGUUCAGCCCCAGCAGCCUGCUCAGCGGGGUAUGGGAGGAGCUCGUUUCAGGCCACAGUUCCGCAGGCGUCCUUUCCGGCCCCGCCCUCAGCCACAGGAGGCUCAGGCCGAUGAGAACCAGGACCCGAAGACCGAGCAGCAGGUGCCGGAGCGUCGUCGCUACCGCCGGCCGUUCUUCCGCCGCCGGCCAGCUGACCAGAGAUUGCAGUCCACUGACGCUGAGGAACAGAAAGCCCAGCCGACUGAUGCCGGCACAACCCCUGACCCUCCUGCGAAUGGGAUGACGGAAACUGCCCCGACCGCUGUAGCCGAGCCCGUUUCUGCCCCCGUAUCUAUUCCCGUUCCUGCUCCUGCCCCUGUUUCUGCCCCUGCUCCUGCCCCCGUUCCUUCCCCAGUGACCAGCCCGGCCGUCACACCAGGGGAGAGGCAGGUGACCAAAGAACAGCUGCUGAUGUCUGAAGGAGUUGUCCCCAUGGCAACAGCCAGGGAAGCUCCCAUUGUUGCUGCCCCGGUGUCCCUGGAAACUCCACUGAAAGUGGCCCAUCUUGUUGAGGAGCUGCCAGUCAUGAUCCCCACCGGCCAGCUGGGGAAAGAAGAGACUGAUAUCGGAAGUGAACACUAGGUUUAUAAUGGAAAUCUCUUUGCUGAUUGCACAUGAAGGUCUCGGACUUGUGGAGCAAAGGUCGAAAGAAGUAUAACAAUCCCCUUUGUAUUGUAUGACCGUUAAGCUUAAUGUAAUGAAAGAGGAAUUCUGUUUGAAGACGGCAAGCUCUUGGACUAUUCUGAAAUCUUUUUAUUUUUUAUCUUUCCCCGAGUGGGGUCUGAGAAUUUUUUUGCCACCGUCCUUCCCUGCCCUCCCCCAUAAGUGUUGUAUAUUUAUGCGCCGCACUUAGCCUCGUGCGUUGAUGCAGUGCACUGUUUACAUGUCUUCCUGCUUUUAGUUUUACCAAAGUGCCGAUGUUUUUUUUUUGGGAUCAUGUGCAAUAAUAAUAAAAAAAGGCUUCCUGAGAACAACCAGCAGUCUCCCCGU